AUGACUGAUAAUGACGCGAAAAUGGCUAUCGAAGAACUGGAAACAGUAGUGGUUAGUAUUGGAGUAAUAAUAGCAGCAGUCAUCUCAUCAGUAAUUCAGCGGAGUUCAGGGGCUGGUUCUCAGGGCCAAGAACUUCCACAGUCCGGGAUAUUUGGGGCCAAGAGAAGAGAUCCACAACGGAGGAGAGGAAAGGAAGGGAAGGGAACAGAAGCAUCCCUGAUCAGUGAUCGAACAGCAGCAAGUGUAGCCGUGUGGAACAAGUAUUUGAACCUAUCCACUGCCAGGGAGAUUUGGCCUUCCGGGCCCUCCCGACACGUGGACGAUGAAUUCCAGGGCCGGAUGUUUGAAAUUUAA